AUGUCAGGAAAAACAAAUGCGGAGUCAGAGGGAGUAGUCUCCAAAGUUAAAGUAAAACGGCAGAUCAAGACAAUCGUGAAGGAUCUAGAGAACAUCCUGGGAGACUUAAAGGAUGUAGCAAAGGAACUCAAAGAGGUUGUCCAUGACAUAGACUCCCUGACCUCUGACCUACGGCUGGAGGAGGACAUGACGGACAGCUCGAAGACGGACACGUUAAACAGCAGCUCCAGUAGCACCACCACCACCACCACCGCCUCCAGCAUCGAGAAGGCGAAGCUCCACCUGGAAGGCAACGCCCUCCGGCCGUUCUCCUUCAGCCCGGCCGUCCUGACCGUGAUGAAGAGGCCCCACCCUCCUCUUCCCCCUCCCCGCCUCACCCCCCUCAGGACCGAGGACCGCGGGCCGGGCUUGCUGUCGGGGAGCCUGGCGAACGGCGCUCUCUUCCGGAACGGAGCCUUUCCCGGGAAGCCGGCGAACGUGCCCAGCAUGGACUUGUGCUGCAUUCCCAAAAGCGUUCCGGAGAGGGGGCCCACGCCACCCCCCCUGCUGCGGCACGAGAAGAGCCGGUGCCCCCAGGCCACGCGGGAGCGCGUCCGCUUCAGCGAGAAGGUGCAGUACCACGGGUACUGCCCAGACUGCGACCUUCAGUACAACGUCAACAACACGGACCUGCACCUGCAUUCGGAACUGAUCGACGUGAAGCUGAGCCCCACGCACUACUGCUCCUCCCCCGGCCUGUCCCCGGUGGAGAACGGCGGCCUCAGUGCCAGUCACAGCUUCCCCCCAACAAACCCACCUUGUGUGCCUCAUCCCCUAGCCCCCAAACCACAGAAAACUAUUCUCCGGAAGUCCACCACCACGACCGUUUGA